CUCCGACACAUAGGCGGCAGUAAUGAAUCGUUUAGUUCAUUUACAACCCGUCAGUGAAUCCACAGAAGAAAUCGGAUCAGCAAGCAACUAGUACUUUCCAUUGCUUCUAUUUGUUGAAUCAUUUUGGAGAGAACGUUUGGAAGCACUUGUGAUGAAAAUGACCGAGGAAAACAACGCUGGUAAGACAAAUGUUACUGAAGAGGAUGUUCGACUGCUGAUAAAGAGAAAGGAUGACAUUGAAGAGCAAAUUAAAGCAUACCACGACAUGCUCCAAACCGACGGUGUAGGCAUGGACGCUCCUCUGGUGGAUGAGGAAGGCUUUCCUCGUGCAGAUGUGGAUUUGUACAAGGUCCGAACAGCGAGGCACAAUAUCUCCUGUUUACAGAAUGAUCACAAGGCUAUCAUGGUGGAGAUCGAGGAGGCCCUUCAUAAGCUGCAUGCCUCGGCAAGGGUCAAACCUGAGAAAGAGGAGACAAAGAAGGAAGUCACUGAGCCGAGCGUGUCUCUUCCAGCUCCGUUUGCACUUCUGGACGCCGUCACACCGGGCUCCCCUGCUUUUCAGGCUGGUCUGCGAGUUGGAGAUGAGGUUAUAGAGUUUGGGUCUGUAAACACACAAAACUUCAGGAAUCUGCGUGACAUCGCUUCUGUUGUCCAACACAGUGAAGGGAAAUCCCUUCGUGUGGGAGUUAUUCGAAGUGGACAAGAAGUACAUCUUAAUUUGACUCCGAAGCAAUGGUCUGGUAGAGGACUACUGGGGUGCAACUUGGUACCUCUCCACAGAUGACCGGUGAAAGGGGAGAGGAUCAUCUUUAUGCCAAACAACAUGCCCCUUAUGCACUAAAUAAAUUUGCAGUGGGUUUACUUUAAUUUUGCUUUUGCAUUCAUUGCAAAAUGUAAUUAAGUAGAUAAAUGACCAAGAGGAGAAGAGACCAUUUAGUAUAAGACUUUCGUAAUCUAUCAGAAAAGUUUGAGCAGAUCAUGUAUAAGCGAGGUUUUUACUUACCUUCUUCUGCUUUUAUAUUUCUUGCAUCCAUAUGCAGAAGUUCUCAACAUUUUUAUGUUAAAACAGCUUAAUGGUAAGAGCAGGGUCAUUCUGGAGUGAGUGGGUAUAAGCUGGAUACACCUUAUGUUACAGUUAGUUUUAUUAGAGAAACACCAGUGUGAGUAAAUCCUGUUUGCAUUUUCCUUUUUUGGGGGUGAGCUAUCCUUUAAAUAUGAGUAAUAAACAGUAUGGGGCUUCAGUCUUUUCAUUUUCUUAAGUAAAAAUUGAAUUAAAACUGACUUGGAAACAUUU